UGUUGUCUAUUGUUGUUGCUGGCCGGCAUUCAAAGCAUUGAUUGUAUUUAUUAUUUUUCUCUAGAUAAAAUUAAAACUAUAUUUCUAUAAAUACUCCAAUAAUGUCCAAUAUAGUGCAAUAUGUUAUUGUUCGCAGUGAUUUAAAGUCUGUACUCGGAUGGCCUUUGGGUGCCGUCAUAGCACAAUGCUGUCAUGCCUCGACAGCGGUAAUGCAUUUACAUCGAGAUGAUGAGGCUACCAAAGCGUAUGUGGAUGAUUUGGAUAAUAUGCACAAAGUGGUACUGGGCGCGAAAGAUGAAGAAGCUCUGCGCAAACUUUCACAGAAGUUAACCGAAAAUGAUAUUAAGCACAAAAUGUGGAUAGAACAACCGGAAAAUAUUCCAACAUGUAUUGCCGUAAAACCCUAUGCAAAAGAUGAUGUUCAUAAGUUUGUUAAAAACCUGAAAUUGUUGAAGGAAUAAAUAUAUUGUGAUAUAGGACAUUGAGACAAAGGAAA